AUGGUUUUCGACGGCACAUCCAGCGGCGCCGUCAACGGCAAUGGCGUUGCUUCCCUCCCCGCUGCCUCGACCACACUGUACCUCACUCCGAUCGUCCACUCGCUGUCGCUGUCCAAACUCGAGAUGGUGCCGCAUGCCCUCGUUGCCGUCAGCGCUGGGCGCGUCGCUUGGGUCGAGCACUUGAAAGAUAGGCAAGACCCCGCCGAGGCUGCUGAGAAGCACGGCAUCGAUUACGAGGCCGCGGACAAGGUCGUCGUGAGCGAGGGGUUCAUGUGUCCCGGCUUUGUGGAUACCCACACCCACGCCCCCCAGUACCCCAACAACGGCCUCGGCGGCUCCCUCCAGCUCCUGGACUGGUUGGUGGAGCUCACGUUCCCCUUGGAGCAAGAGUAUGACGAUGCCGCGUACGCUGCCAAAGUGUACAAGGAGGUCGUGAGGCGCAACCUCGCUGUUGGAACCACCACCGCAUGCUACUACGGCACCCUCCAUUCGACCACCACCCUUCUGGCCGACGCGUGCGCCGCAGCUGGCCAGCGCGCCCUCGUCGGCCGGUGCAGCAUGGACACUGGGAGCGGGACGUACGUCGAGGCCUCGGCCGAGGAAUCGAUGGCGACCACCGACCUCUUUCUGCAGCACUUUGACACGCUCCCCUCUGAAGCCCAGCAGCUCGUCAAGCCGGUGCUCACGCCCCGCUUCGCGCUCAGCUGUACCUCGCAGCUCAUGGCCGACCUGGGCAAGCUCGCCAACGAGCGCGACCUCGCUGUGCAGACGCACAUCUGCGAGAACCCGACCGAGAUUGCGCGCGUCAAAGAAGUGUUCCCCGCCAUCUCGACCUAUGCGGGCGUGUACGAGGCCCACGGCCUGUUGCGCAAGGGCACGAUCCUCGCGCACGGCGUGCACCUCUCCGAGGCCGAGCGCGCCGUCAUCCGCCGCAGCGGCGCGGGCAUCUCGCACUGUCCCGGGUCCAACACCAACCUCAACUCGGGCGCGGCGCGCGUCCUCGCCAUGCUCGAGGCGGGCAUCCCGGUGGGCCUCGGCAGCGACUGCUCGGGCGGCUGCGAGAUGGGUAUCCUCCCGCAGCUGCGCAACGCCUCGACCGUGUCCCGCGUGCUCGCGUUCGAGGGCCAAACGGCACGCAGCCUGUCCACGGCCGAACUCUUCUUCCUCGCCACGCGCGGCGGCGCCGAGCUGUGCCGCUGGGACGACGUAGGCCACUUUGAGCCCGGCGCGCAGUUUGACGCGCUCUGGGUCCGGCCCAGGUCGCCUGGCAUGUGGGUCGAAGGCGGCGAGGCCGUCGAGAUGGUGUUUGAAAAGUGGCUGUGUUCCGGCGACGACAGGGACAUUGGUGCAGUGUGGGUCAACGGCCGUCUCGUCUCGGGGGCGAGCCCCGUGGAGGCGUAG